UCAGUCAGUGAGCGUCUCUGCUGAUUGAACGUUCACCUGUCGGACUGAUUAUCUACCUCCAGAACUCGUUUCACCUUCUGAGGAAGCAGCUCAGCGUGUUUCCACUGUGGGAGCUGUGGGUUCUUGUCGUCCUGCGUGGAUUUUAAAUCAGUCUGGAGAACAUUAGGAGGAGUGUCCGACUCUGUCUAACCUAAGUUUGGGAGAAGUUGGCUGCUUCCACAGACGUAAGACGAAUAAUUAGACUCCAAAACGCAACAGGACGGAGCGUCUGGAAGUCACACAGAGACCGAUGGUUCCCGUGAAUCGCUGCUGACGGUGAAACGAGGCGUUCAGGGACGUUUACCGGAGAAGGAGGGGACUGACCGGGGACGGACUCUCCGGGCUGCUGGUGCCUCUGUGGCCGGUCUGCUGGUUCUCCCGCUGAGCUCGCAGGAUAAGUAAUUGGGAGGAUGGGCUGUUGGAAGGAGGGGUUCACUCUGCUGGUUCUGCUGGUUCUGGUUGACUCUGGACGAACGGCUCGACAUCACAGCUUGAAACGUUUCACUCGAGGCCACCAUGGUCACCCACCGCAGCAGAACAUCACGCUGGCCGUCAUUUUACCCCAAAGCAACACACAAUACCCGUGGGCAUGGCCUCGCAUCGGCCCCGCCCUGGAGAGGGCAAUCAGAACCGUCAACGCCGACCCCACCCUGCUGCCCAACCACCACCUUACCUACGCCUUCAAGAACAGCGAGAACAAGGACGGGAUCUGCUCCGAGUCCGUGGCGCCGCUCAUGGCCGUGGAUCUGAAGAUGGCCUACGAUCCCUGGGCCUUCAUCGGGCCCGGCUGCUCCUACACCUCCUCCCCCGUUGGCUUCUUCACCACCAACUGGGACGUCCCCAUGGUUACGGCGGGUGCUCCGGCUGUGGCGUUCUACGGCGGCGUCUACCCAUACAUCACCAACACGGGCCCAACCCACAAGAAGCUGGGCAGGUUUGCCCUGCGGAUCUGCGAGCACUUCAACUGGCGGGAACACGUGAUCCUGAUGUUCAACGACAACAAGGUGGACGACCGGCCGUGUUACUUUGCCAUGGAGGGAUUGUACACGGAGCUGAGGACCAUCAACAUCAGCGUGGUGGACCGCGUGUUAGAGGAGAACAAGCCGCCCAUCAACUACUCCAAGAUCCUGUCCGAGAUCCAGGACGACGCUCGCGUGAUGUUCGUCUGCUGCUCCCCUGACGUCUUCAGAAAGCUGAUGAUUCAGUUCAGGCGAGCCGACCUUCCUCACGAGCAGUACGUCUUCUUCUACAUCGACGUGUUUGCUGAAAGCCUCAACUCAAAAAACCAACAGCCGUGGGCCCGCGGGGACGAGGACGACGCCAUCGCCAAGGACGCCUUUCAGAACGUGAAGAUCAUGACAUACCGAGAGCCUCAGAACCCCGAGUACCGACAGUUUGUCUCCCACCUGAAGAAAGACGCCAAGGCGAUGUUCAACUACACCAUCGAGGACACUCUGAUGAACAUCAUCGCUGGAGGGUUCUACGACGGCGUCAUGCUCUACACCCACGCUCUGAACGAGACCAUGUCAGCGUCUGACAGUCGUCCUAAAGGAGACGUGGUGACCAAGAGGAUGUGGAACCGAACGUUCCACGGUGUAACUGGGCUGCUGCACCUGGAUGAGAAUGGAGACAGAGAGACAGACUUCGCUCUGUGGGACAUGGACACAAACAGCAGCGCCUUCCAGAUGGUCCUGCUGUACAACAGCUCUGAGGAGCACCUGACUUCUGUACCUGGAACAUCUCUGCACUGGUUGGGCGGAGUCCGUCCACCUGACGUCCCCGUCUGUGGCUUCAAGAACGACAACCCGAUCUGCCUCGCAAAAACCAUCACCAUCCACCAGAUGGUCUCCAUCGUGGUCUUCUUCAUCAUCAUCAUGACUCUGACCGUCACCGUCUUCAUCUACAGGAGGAUGAAGCUGGAGAAGGAGCUGGUUGCUCAGCUCUGGAGGAUUUCAUGGGACGACAUCCAGAUGAGCAACAUGGGCAAAGUGCUGCGCAGCGGCAGCAGAAUCACACUGUCACUGAGAGGGUCGAACUACGGAUCCCUGAUGACCGGAGAUGGAAACCUGCAGGUGUUUGCAAAGACGGGAUACUACAAGGGAAACAUCAUAGCCAUUAAAUACAGCGACAGAAAGCGCAUCGAGCUCAACAGAAUGGUGCUGUUUGAACUCAAACACAUGAGAGACGUUCAAAACGAACACCUGACCAGGUUUAUUGGAGCGUGCAUCGACCCUCCCAACAUGUGCAUCAUCACAGAGUACUGCCCCCGAGGAAGCCUGCAGGACAUCCUGGAGAAUGACAGCAUCACUCUGGACUGGAUGUUUAAAUAUUCUCUCAUCAGCGACAUUGUGAAGGGCAUGGUGUUUCUCCACAACAGUGUCAUCUUCUCUCACGGUAAACUCAAGUCAUCGAAUUGUGUUGUCGACAACCGCUUCGUCCUGAAGAUCACUGAUUAUGGUCUGUCCAGCUUCCGAUCUGAGAGCGAUUCGGGAAGCGACGCUCAUGCCUACUACGCACAGAGGUUGUGGAUGGCUCCAGAGCUGCUCCGCUUGGAGUCUCCUCCUUCUCAGGGAACCCAGAAAGGAGAUGUCUACAGCUUCGGCAUCAUCCUCCAGGAGGUGGCGCUGCGACGAGGAGUCUUCUACCUGGAGGGAGAACCGCUGAGUCCCAAAGAGAUCGUGGACCGGGUGAUUCUGGGGGAGUGGCCCUGCCUGAGGCCCACUGUCGACCCGCAGAGCCACAGUCCCGAGCUGGGUCAGCUGAUGCAGCGCUGCUGGGCCGAAGAGCCGACAGAGAGGCCCGAGUUCAACCACAUCUGGGUGCUGCUGCGCAAACAGAACAAGGAGUCGAGGACCAACAUCCUGGACAACCUUCUGUCCCGCAUGGAGCAGUACGCCAACAACCUGGAGGAGCUGGUGGAGGAACGAACCCAAGCUUACAACGAGGAAAAACGCAAGGCUGAGGCACUGCUCUACCAGAUACUACCACACUCAGUAGCAGAGCAGCUAAAACGUGGAGAGACGGUUCAGGCUGAAGCCUUUGACUCGGUCACCAUCUACUUCAGCGACAUCGUGGGCUUCACUGCCAUCUCUGCAGAGAGUACUCCAAUGGAGGUGGUGACGCUGCUCAAUGAUCUGUACACCUGCUUCGACGCCAUAAUUGACAACUUUGAUGUGUACAAGGUGGAGACCAUCGGUGACGCCUACAUGGUGGUUUCAGGGCUGCCAGUCAGGAACGGGAAACUGCACGGCAGAGAGAUUGCUAGAAUGGCGCUGGCUCUGCUGGAUGCCGUCAGAACCUUCAAGAUCCGCCACCGAGCAGAGCAGCAGCUGAAGCUGAGGAUAGGAAUACACAGCGGUCCGGUGUGUGCAGGAGUUGUGGGCCUUAAGAUGCCUCGGUACUGUCUGUUUGGUGACACAGUUAACACGUCGUCACGUAUGGAGUCCACUGGAGAAGCGCUGAAGAUUCAUGUGUCGGCAGCGACUCGUGACGUCCUGCUGGAGUUCAACUGCUUCCAGCUAGAGCUGAGAGGAAACAUUGACAUCAAGGGGAAAGGAAAGAUGACCACCUAUUGGCUGCUAGGGGAGAGUGACAGCCAAUGACGGCGCACCGCGGAUAGGAGAACCAAUGAGGAAGGACAUGAGGAGGUAAAUAAGGGACAAAGUUAAGGUAGGAAGGACUUCUGGACGUCUCAGGUCCUCGUUGUCAUGCAGCAGAUCUGACUGAUCACCUCCUUCAUACAUCUGAACAAAAACACUUUCAGACUCAUGAACACGGAGGAAAGAACCGGUACGUGUACGCUCAGAAAUACAACACUGUAAAAACUCUGCAACACAAAGGUCUGCAACAUGAAGGACCAAAACAGGAAGACUAUAGACUCUGUGUUGCCGGGACAGUCUUUUAUAUCUGGUCCAGUUUCAUUGCAAACCUUUGACCAGUCAUUCAGCAGGACGGUGAACCACAUGCACCGUUAAGAAACCAGCCAGUUAAUCUGCAUCCUUUCAGUUUAACGCCUCUGUAAAAACACCUCAGUUGAAGUGUACGUCACCUUUAUGUUGUGCCUUUAUCCUCAGAUCUUAAUGAGCUCAUUACUGCCUCCCACCGAGUCGAAUAUGUUUCUACAGCAGAGGAAGCUGUAGUUUUUCCAGGACCCUGGUUUUUCACAGCAUCAUGGACCAAACUGGGAACUUAAGGGAGUGUCAUGUAAUUUCAGAACAACAUGGACUACAGUCAGUGCACAAGUAUAAAAUGUGAAUCAAGGCUUUUUUUGCUUUACAGACUCUAGAAUUUGAUUCCAUCUUUAUUUUCCCUGCUAAUUGGCUAAUUAUGCAAACUGCUUAACAUGCAACUCUUAGCAACCAAGCUAAAUUUCAGGACAUAAGGUAGUGUUUUAGGUGGAACUAAAACACUACCUGACUCCUACUGUUUUAGGAGUAUUUUUACAUAAUGUAGUAGUUUGGGUGGAAUAAAGCUUUAAAGCCUUUAGUUAGAUGACGGAAAAUAUUGUUUCAGAGUAAGAACCUUUAAAACUACCAGUAUUUGAAAAGAAUGUAGUAUUUUGGAGGGAUCAUACCUUUAAACUCUUUAGUCUUUGGACCGAAAGUAUUAUUUGGCUGGAAUAAAGGUUUGAAGCAGCUAGCACAUGGACAGAAAGUAGUAUUUUGAGUGAACAAACUUUUGAAACUAUCAGUACUUUGACAAAAGUUGUAUUUUGAUUGGAAGGAAUCUUUAAAAUAAAUGUUUAGACAGAAAGUAGUAUUUUGGGUUAAAUGUACAUUUAAACUCUUCAAUCUUUAGAUAGAACUAUUUUUUUUAUAAAACAAAAAGAAAACAUUUUCAAACCAUCAGUACUUAGAUAAAGUUGUAUCUUGAGUGGAUAAAAAAAACUUUUAAAUAUCAGUUGUUUGGCCAGAAAGUAGUGUUUUAUUUGGGGAAAAAAAUAUUGAAGCUACCAGUAUUUGGACCGGAAGUUAGUAUUUUGGGUUGAAUAGACCUUAAACUAUAAACUGGUACACAGAAAGUACUAUAUGGGUGGAAUAAAACUAUAACACUACUAGUACGUGGACAGGAGGUUUGUACUUUGAGUGUAAUAAACCUUCAAAACUACUCGUACUUGAACAGAAGGUGGUAUUUUGGGUGGAACAGACCUUUAAAAUAUAUCUAUUACUUGAUAGAUAGAAAGUACUAUAUGGGUCGAGUAAGCUAUAAAACUACCAGUACUUGGACAGGAAGGUUCUAUUCUGGGUGGAAUAAACCUCAUACACCUUCAGUCAUUUGAAGGAAAAUAUUGUUUCAGAGUAUUAAACUUUUGAAAUGUUAGAUUUAAAAUACUGCAUUGGACAGAAUGCAGUAUUUUGAAUGGGAUAUACCUUUAAACUCCUAAAUCCUUGGUCAGAAAGUACUGUUUUGUGUUUCAGUUGUGCGCUUCAGUAAUCAUCCAGUAGGGUAGGUGAAGCUGUUGUGAGAAUCCUAGAAAUAUGAUUUGGUCCUGCAGCCUCCUCUGCUGCAGAGACGUCAUAUUGCAUCAGCUGGUCAAAGUUGUGGUUUGUGUUUUUCUCUGAGCUGCCAAAAGAGUCAGCAAAGAGCCCAUUCCAGACAGAAACACAAACUUUGAUUUAUUAUGUGUAACUGAAAAGUUCACAGACUGCAUUCACAAAGAUCAAAGCCUGAUUUAAAUUUGUCCAUAACCGUUGAAGUCGCCUCCUGGUGCAGUGAUACUCUACUCCUGCAACGCUUUGAACACUCGCUGGAAGUUCUGUCCUGUAAACAAGUCGGCUCCAUCUCAGCAUGUUCAAUGUUUUGGUGUUUUUUUUUUCUGAAAGUUCUCACUCAGACACCUUUCAAAAUUGCUUGAAAUUUGUGCAGGACGACAAAAACGUGGAUGAACUUCUUGAUUGCAUCCGGUAUUCCUCUUUAAAAACUGUUUUCAGACAAUGAGAUCUGUUGAAAACAAAAAAAAAGUGUUAAAACUGGUAACUGAUCCCAAAGGAGUCAGACGACAUGUUUUGCUGCAGACUGAUGUACGUGUGGAUAUCGUCACCGCUGUGUGGAGCUCUGUGGGUUCAGUCAGAGACUCGGUUAAAGAUGGAGUUUCAGGAACUAGCUGCACUGACAGACGAAGGCCGCAGAUCCUCCAAGGAAGAUGUUCAGGAUGAAAUGUUCACUCUGUAAAUACUUCACUGUGUUUUCAAUGAAAAGAUGCAGCGAAAUAAAGUUUUGCUUUUGAAAAACUG